GAAAACGUUCAACGAGAACAAAGCAAAGCAAAGCUAAGAAAAGCUGCGAAAUUCUGUCAGGUGCCGAGUAAUGACCGCAACUUCCUUUCUUAUUUUCAAAGUAAAAGCAUCGAAUUUAUGUCACGUGCCAAGUUCUGCCCUUAACUUCCCUUUUUCAAAGUAAAACAAUCAAGCGUUUUCAAAGUAAAAUGUCCGUUUUCCACACCGCUUAUCCUGUUGACUGAAAAUGUCUUAAAUGUGAUUAGAGCUAGACUGAUUGUGAUGUCAUAUCAAAGUCAUUUGCCCUUUGAACUACUCUCAUAAAGCUUGAAACUUUGUGGCGACCGCUUUUCCUCUCUGGAAUAUUGAAGUUGUGUGGGGGGAAAAAAUGAAUUGAGUCAUUCAAAAGAAUCCAGUUUACUUUAAUAGUGGUUCUGGGAUUCCUGUGUGGCCGCCGUCAUCCGAUGGAGAAUAUCAACCUAUAUGAGGAGCUGGGAAGAGACUCCACAUCUGUUGUCUACAAAGGAAGGAGGAUGGGCAGUCUGAACUACGUGGCCCUCAAAUGCAGUGACAAAGCCAAAAGGCCUGAAAUCACCAACCAUGUGCGUCUAUGCCGAGAACUGGAUCAUCCAAACAUUGUCCGUUUUUACGAGUGGUACGAGACCAGAAAACACUUGUGGCUCGUGGUGGAGCUCUGUACAGGUGGUACCUUGGAGUCUGUGAUUAUUCGGGAUAGAUGCCUGCCAGAAGAUGUGGCCAGAAAGUUUGGAUGGGACUUGGUCCAAGGACUGGAACACAUCCACAAGUUAGGAAUCGUUUUCUCCGACUUGACACCUGCUAAGAUCCUGCUGGAUAGUAGUGGCGUGUUAAAAUUAGGUAAUUUCUGUUAUUCCAAGAUGGAGACAGACACUCUUGAAGGUUCCCUUGCAUGUGAAGAAGCAGGGAAUAGAAAACAUCAAGACAUUAUGGUGAAAAAAAGCUUUCAAGGCUCACCGAUUUAUAUGGCGCCAGAGAUUCUCCAGGGAUCCGAAACAACCAGCAUAUCGGACCUCUGGGCUCUGGGUUGCGUUCUCUACUACACGUACACUGGUAAACCGCCGUUCUACUCGGGUUGCUACAGUCAACUCAAGGAAAUGAUUUUGGGUCAGGAAGCGGCAGCUCCAACACAGAAAGUUUCUCCAACAAUUCCUCCAAGUCAGGAGUUCCAACAUCUUCUGAAGCGUUUACUCAACAAAAAUCCUGAGAAGAGAAUGAACUUGCCAGAGUUACUGAAGCACUCUUUCUGGACAGCCAAAGACAAGAACUAGAGAAAGAUGAACAAGAGGACCAUGUCACCUUAAAAGGAUGACAAUUCCUUUUUCAAACAAUGACACGUAGAGUGCAUGACUCAUGGAAAAUGUACUAUGUUAGUCGAGCGCACUGACGGCCUAAACUUUGUUUGGUUUGUAUCCAUGGCAACGCCAGAAUAAACCAUUUAUUCCUUAAUAGAAUACCAGUAUUGUCCAGCAGGUGGCAUUAUUAACACUGAAAUGCGGCAGGAUUCUCUCUCUCUCUCUAGAUCUCUCCCCCUCUCCUCUCCCUCCCUCUCUGAAUAACGGUCACUCAUUUGCCACUUAAAAGUAGAGAGAUUGGUGAGAUUCUAAUCUUUUUGGAGUCAUCAGAAAAAAAAAUCACAGCAUACUACUCAUUAAAAUGAUUCAUAUUGCUUAUUUUCUUCUAGUCAUCUAGUGAUUGAGUAUUUGAUUGUUUUGCCUGUUACUAUUCAUGGAUGGCAUACAGUAAAUUAAAAAAAAUCAAUGUUCUGAAGGAACCAAAACUCAAAAGAUGACGGCUCACCUCUUUUCACGAGAUGCAAAAUGACGGACGAGACACAUCCAAAAUGCUUCAUUCAUAUUCCAAACACAAUAUUAAUCCAAACACACUAUUAAUUCGAAUUCCAAGGAGGCGUCGACCUGCGCAGCUUCAACGUGUGAAAUGUGUUUUUUUUUAGUUAAUUCUAGACCAAUGGGGCUGCUGCAUAUUGCCCAAAACGUUUUGGACUCGACUUGCUAAGUUGAUUUCGUCAAAAUAUUGACCCGCCGCCGCCGUGUGUGUUUGUGUGUGCUGUUGCGAAUGAAAAAUGUCUGCAGACUUUUUACUCUCCCCACUUUAUCUCAGGACGACAAAUUAUGGAGAGAAGGACAAAGCGGUGAAUUUCAACCCACAGUUGUGCUUCUGUCUCUCCAUAAUUUUAGGAGUCUGUACACACUCAGCAGGGGUUCUCUGUGUGUGUGUGUGUAUUUUGCUAUCAUGAUGUAAA